AUGCGUUUUAUCCAGAUGGCGUCUUCCUGCAGGCGUCUUUCUGGACAGUCCCGAGACAAAGCGAAUGGCGUCAUUUCCGGAUUAAUAGAUUCGCAUUGUCAAACAGGAACGCCCGUUUCUCACUUCUCACUUUCAUUCUUUCUCGUCUCAUCUCGCCAUUUUCUUCUCUGCAUCUAUACUUCUCUCUUUCAUUCUCUUCCUUUACUCUGUCCCCCACCCUCAUUCUUCUUCUUCUUCUUCUUCUUCUUCUUCUUGAUAUUUCACUUUUAUCCUUUCUUUUUUAUCUCGCUUUUUUCUAUUCUACAUCUACAGUUCUCUCUUAUUUCUUCUUUCUUCACUUUUUCCCUUAUAUGUAGUCACUUAUUUUCUUCUUCUUCUUCUUCUUCUUCUUCUUCUUCUUCUUCUUCUUCUUCUUCUUCUUCUUCAUUCUGUGUUUUUAUUUCCUUCCUCUUCUCUUUCUCUCUUUCUCACUCUACCACUUGUUACCUUUUCUUUUACAUCUACUCCCUUCCUUUAAUCAAUCUAUCUACGUGUUUUUCUGACUGUUUAAUCGAAAUCAAAAAUCUAUCUAUCUAUCUAUCUAUCUAUCUAUCUAUCUAUCUAUCUAUCUAUCUAUCUCAGUCUGCUGAUAUCUAUCUAUCUAUCUAUCUAUCUAUCUUAGUUUAUAUCUAUCUAUCUCAGUUUAUAUCUAUCUAUCUAUCUAUCUAUCUAUCUAUCUAUCUAUCUCAGUUUAUAUCUACCUAUCUCAAUUUUUAUCUAUCUAUCUAUCUAUCUAUCUAUCUAUCUAUCUAUCUAUCUAUUUGA